GGCUUCCGGAGUUUGUUUUUCUGCAUUGUUGCUUACGCUUCACGAUUUAACGACCGUCAAUGGACCUCCUGAGAUACCACUAGACUUCUGCUUGCUUCAUCAACCUCGACCGAGACCCCAGGUCUCCACAAGAGCUUCAAGGCUCUACUUCAACAUCCUCACUAGGCAUUUGCUGCCAGGUUCACCACUCUCCACCAAGAGGUGAGGUCCGCUCAACAUGAGCGCUCCUCCCCCGCCUCCGCCUCAUGGCGAGGCACCCAAAACCACUGCUGGCUCUCCGCCUCCUGGCAGUGGCCUGGGCCCAGGCAAUUAUGACAUAUUCGUCAUUCCCCAGCGCGAUAAGGGCGGCGGAUUUAUCUAUCUACCCUCUCUGGCGCCCCAAGGCCCUAGUUUCGCCGCUGGCUUCGCAUGCGCCCUCGUCAUGGUCGUCAUGUUCCAGAGCAUGGCGCCUGCCUUCAAGGCAUGGUGGUUUACAUACCAGGGCAUGGGAAACAUGGGUAUGGCCUUGCUUGUCAUAGCCGUCGGCGUGGGAGCCUGGGCUUGGGGAAAGUCGCAGAACCAGGGCGCUUCUCCGAAUAACGGCUCGAGUGGCUACCGCCCCGGCCCCGGUAGCUACGGCUCAGGCGCCAACUUCAACAACAGCUACGCGAAUGCUGGCCCGCCGCCGCCUCCGCCGCCUCACGGCAACCAAUACAACGGCCCUCCCCCGAACAGCCCGCCGCCCAACCACGGCGCGGGAAACGGCGGUCCUAGGUCUCAAUGGCAAGAACGACCUCAGCCUCCACCCCCUCAGGAACCUGAAACUGAACCUGAGCCAGAGCCUGAACCUCGAAAACCAGAUCCUCCUCCUCCUCCUCCCCCACCAAAACCAAAACAACCUGAUCCGCCGAAAACAAACACCUGGGAGAAGGCACGGGAGGAGACGAAGAAGCGCGAACAGGAGCGCAAGGCAAAGGAGGACGAGGAGCGCCGCAAAGCAGAGAUGGCGCGGAAGCUAAAGGAGUUCCGCGAAAGAGAAGCUCGAGAACGAGCCAGGAGGGAGAAGGAGGACCGCGAAAGACGAGAGAAGCUAGAACAAGAGAUACGCGAAAAGGAAGACUUGAAACAGAAACUUGAAAAGGAACGUCAGGAAAGAGAAAAACUACAGCGCGAAAAGGAAAGGGCCGAGGAGGAGGCCAAAGCCGCCAGAGAACGCGAAGCGAAGGAAGCAAAGGAGCGGGAACUCAAGGCCAACAAAGAGAAGGAGGACAAGGCGCGCGAAGAAGCCCGCAAGAAGGAGGCAGCCGAAGCCGCCGCCCGCAAAGCCCGUGUCGAGGCGCAACUAGAAGCCUUUCGGAAAGCCAAGAGAGAGCGCGAGGAAGCAGAAAAGGCAAAGAAGGAUCGCGAAGACGCAGAAAAGGCCAAGAAGCUGGCCGAGGAGGAGGCAGCUCGCAAAGCCAAAGAGGAAGCUGCACUCAAGGCCAAGGAGGCAGAAGAGGCCGAAAAGGCACGCAAGGGAAGUAGCUACGCCUACUCGUCCGGCGAGAAGACGAGUAUGUGGCCCAACGGCCGACCCCCUGCUCCCCCCUCCACGGCGGCUUCGACGCCGCCGAGACCUCCCCCGUCCGCAUCGUCCGCACCCCCGAGACCUCCCCCCUCUGCUAGCUCUAUGCCGCCUCCAAGGCCGGCGCCUUCCGCAGCUUCAUCCUCCAACACGGCCAGACAACCGCCGCGACCGUCGGCACGGACUGUCGACGAAGACCAAUACUCAUACCGACCAUACGAUAAGCCGAGACACCGACCCGCGUCUUCUGUCGGCUCCGAGUCAUCGUGGGCCCCGUCAGCCACCACGACAAGAACGACGCCGCCGCCUAGCAUGCGCGGCCCUUACACGACCAAGGAUCCCGACAAGAUUGUCAUCAGAGCUGUCUACCUAUUCAUGAACCAGUUCGCAAAGACGCCUGCGAGCCAGCUCGUUUCGGGGUUUGGCACAGUGACAGAUGGGCUCAUCCUGCGAAUCACGACCGAAGGUCUCUUCAUCGACGACGACGUCCGCGGCGUCCCGCAGCGCGAGUGGGACGUCAAGGCUUGGACGCUAAAGCUGGUCGAGACUGGGGAGUGGAAGACAAAGAGCCUGCACGUGCUGCGCGCAACAGUCCGAGACCAAGAAGGCAAGCGAUACAUGUUUGUCUUGGAUGAAGAAGAGGCCUGGAAGGUCGCCGUGGGCGUGCAGCGGUUGCGUAAGGGCACCCAGGUACGCUCGCUGGGUGUCAGCGGCAUGAGCGCGUCCGAUGCGCGCAACACGCUCGAGACUCUGGGCUGGUCAUGAGACUGCUUGGGCUUACUGGGACGAAUUUCGAUUCAAGUCUA